AGCACGUGUUGUGAUUGUGAGUUUUGUACAGUCUGGUUGUGUUUCUUUCCGUAGAAAUUGAGUUAUUAAUAUAUAUUUUUGCAAUGGGGAUCUUAGAGAAAAUUGCGCAAAUUGAGGCGGAGAUUGCACGAACUCAAAAAAAUAAAGCGACUGAAUACCAUCUGGGCCUUCUGAAAGCUAAGCUUGCCAAGUACAGGACACAGUUACUAGAACCACAGGGGAAGAGUGGAGCAAAAGGUGAGGGAUUUGAUGUUAUGAAAUCUGGUGAUGCCAGGGUUGCGCUUAUUGGGUUCCCUUCUGUCGGAAAGUCCACUCUACUUAAUGUUGUAACUAAAACACACAGUGAAUCAGCUUCUUAUGAAUUUACAACUCUAACAUGUAUUCCAGGAGUAAUAGAAUAUAAUGGUGCUAAUAUCCAACUGCUUGAUCUCCCAGGAAUUAUAGAGGGCGCUUCUCAAGGUAAGGGACGUGGUCGGCAGGUGAUAGCUGUUGCUAGGACUGCAGACAUGGUUGUGAUGAUGCUGGAUGCUACAAAAGGAGAUGUACAAAAGAAAUUACUAGAGAAGGAGUUGGAAAGUGUCGGUCUCCGUCUCAACAAACAGAAACCAAAUAUAUAUUUCAAGCCUAAGAAAGGUGGUGGAUUGUCAUUCAAUUCAACAUGUACCCUCACAAAGUGCAAUGAGAAAUUAGUUCAGACUAUUCUGCAUGAGUAUAAAAUUUUCAAUGCAGAAGUGCUGUUCCGUGAAGAUUGUAGUGCGGAUGAUUUUAUCGAUGUCAUCUGUGACAAUCGUGUGUACCUACCUUGCAUAUAUGUGUACAAUAAAAUUGAUCAGAUCUCCAUUGAAGAGGUGGACAGGAUAGCCCACCAGCCCCACUGCAUUGUUAUCAGUUGCGAGAUGAAAUUAAAUCUUGAUUACUUUCUUAUGAAGUUAUGGGAAUAUUUGGGCCUUAUAUGUGUGUACACAAAGAAGCGUGGAGAGCAUCCGGAUUUUAAAGAUGGAAUUAUAAUGAGGAGAGACUGCAGUGUCGAACAUGUGUGUCAUGCGAUUCAUCGGUCCAUAGCAAAUUCCUUUAAGUAUUCACUAGUAUGGGGAACAAGUGUGAAAUACAGCCCACAGAGAGUUGGUCUUCUACAUACGAUGAAUCAUGAGGAUGUGAUACAAAUCGUGAAGAAAUAGAUUAUAUAGAUUCAAUUUAUAUAUACUGUCUUAUCUACUUAUGGAUCCUACAAACAGUGCAACUGAAUAUGAUACUCUAUUUGGUUUCAAUACAAAGAACCAGUAUAUCUAUGUAAAUAAUUUGAUAUUGAAAUAAGCAGGAAUUUGUACUUCCCAGUGUCAGAUACUGAUCUAGUCUAUUCUUUCACCAUAUACGGCUGGAUGUCAUUAUCUCUAGUGAUUUUUCCUCUGUUGUCUUGCCCGUGACAGUAAACUAACAGUGGCUAUAGGAACUUGUUAUGAAAAAAAUUAGAGUUAAAAAACUGUCAAUGAGUGGAUCCUAAUUCAAUGCCAAUGUUUAUUUAUGCAGAAAUUACAAAUUUGCAGAAUACCCAAAUUUUCUAUAGUACUGUACUCGCGCGAAUAAGUGCCCCAUUUGAAUAAAUGCCCCUCCUAACAUGAAAAUUGUCUUAAGCGCCCCGUCAGAAUAAGCGCUCCUCUCAAUUUUAAAAAAGCUCCCCUCGAUUCCUAAAAAUAAUCAAUCAUACCGAAAGGUCCCCUGAUUAAUUUCAGUCAGUCCAUCUAACCAUCUGUCGGUCUAUCAGUCUCCAUUAAGUUUAACGUGGUUUUCAGUUUUGAUGCAUCUUUAGAAUCCCAUUCUUACCCUUUUUGGAUUUAGAACUACAGCAUUUAAUAUCUGAAAAUUAAAAUACUGUAUGGCCAUUUUCAGUUAACAAAAAUAAACUGACCUCAUCACUGUCGUAUCUAAGCGAAAACCCUGCAAUGAUAAUCUGAAUUGGCAGAUGGCCAACACGCUUACCACCACCACCACCCCCACCAACACCGCCACCACCAACACCACCACUAAUUCAUCUGCUGUUGUGUAAAUACCACCAGCAUUCUUGUCAUAAGCCAUGCUCUCUCGACUAUUACCUUUUUUUCACCAAAAGCGUUCGUAAUUAUGUUUCAUUAUCAUCCAUAAGCACCCCUUCAAUUUUCAUCUAUUUCCAUAAGCGCCCUCUCAAUUUCUACUAUGUUUGAAUAAGCGCCCUUCAAAAAAAGCCAAAAAUAGUUCAAGUGCCUGGGCGCUUAUUUGCGCCAGUACGGCAGGCCCUAUAUGAAAAUCAUGCCUUUUAAGCCUGAAAUUAGUAUCCUGAUACUUUUAGCGCUGAACUAGGUUUGAUUGAGGGCGCUAUACACAUAUAUUAUGUAAUGCUGCUAAGACAUACAGUAAAUCGUACAAUUGUUUUUUGCGGAAGUAAUAUACCCAUAUCAGACAAUUUGUUAAUGAGUUUUUUCAAAUGUUAUCUUAAUAAAUGCUAAAAAUUAAAAUAUAAA